AUGGCUUCGCCACCAAAGCCGUGGGAGCGGUCGGCAGGCGCGACAUCGUCUGCAGCCGUGCCCAGUGCGACCACGACAACGGCAACAGCAGCCACACCAGCCGCGGCUACCACCUCCUCCGCCGUCCCAACCCUCCCCGCGAAACCUGACUCCCUCAGCGAGCUCGCGACCCGCAACGCCUCCAACUACUCCACCUUUAAUCGCACCUCGCCCUACUCGUCCGCCUACUCUUCGCCCUACGGAGGCAUCGGAGGGGGCAUUGGAGGGGGCUAUGGUGGAGGCUAUGGCUCCUACAGCUCACCCUACAGCCGCUUUGGCGGCGGCUUAGGUGGUGGCAUGUAUGGAGGCGGAAUGUACGGCGGCAUGGGAGGCAUGGGAGGCAUGGGAAUGCCCUACGGCGGAGGCGGCAUGUUCGGACAACCGGGCAUGAUGGGUCCGGACGGGCAACCCCAAAGCCUCACUCAAGCAUACACCCAGAGCACGCAAGCAACCUUCCAGAUGAUCGAGAGCAUCGUCGGCGCUUUUGGCGGCUUCGCGCAGAUGCUCGAGAGCACCUACAUGGCCACGCAUUCCUCCUUCUUCGCCAUGGUCAGCGUCGCCGAGCAGUUUGGCACCCUCAAGCAGACCCUCGGCUCCAUACUGGGCAUUUUCACUCUGAUGCGCUGGAUCCGCUCCGCGAUCGCCAAAUUGACCGGCCGCCCUCCACCCGCCUCUUCAAAAGAGCUCACCCCCGCCAACUUCGCCGCCUUCAGCGGCACCGCAGCGCCAGGCGGCGCCCCCGCCCAGCCGCGCCCAAGCCGCAAACCCUUCAUCUUCUUCAUCGUCGCCGUCUUCGGCCUGCCCUACCUCAUGUCCAAACUCAUCCGCGCCCUCGCCGCCUCCACAGAAGCCGAGCAACAGCGCCAACUCGCCAACGCACCCUACGUCGGCGCCGACGGCCAACCCGGCCAACCGCUGGACCCCAGCAAGCUCGACUUCUGCCGCGUCCUCUACGACUACACCCCUCAAACUACUCCCGGCCAGCAAUACCAAGAAGGCAUCGACCUGGCCGUCAAAAAGGGCGACCUCGUCGCCGUCCUCUCCAAAACAGACCCCAUGGGCCAACCGAGCGAAUGGUGGCGCUGCCGUGCCCGCGACGGCCGCAUGGGCUACCUCCCCGCGCCGUACCUGGAAGCCAUCCAGCGCAAGCAGCCGCAGGGCCAAAUUGCCGCCAAGAGCAAUGCGACGAGCCCUGCGGGCAGUCGCGUGAAUACCAUGACGGGCAGCGUGGAGAGUCGGGCGCAGAGUUUGAAGAUUACGGAGAAGGAGAAGGCGGCUGUUUUGGGGACGUCAAAGGCUGUGCCGGUGCCGGUGGGGAAGAAGGAUGAGGCGGUGUCGAUUGAGAGUUUGCAGAGGGGUGGGUUUUAUUCGUGA